UUCGAACAGAUGAAGAGGCUAUGAUUAAUCAAAGGUUACCCAAAGAAGAUAUACUUAGGAUAUUUUCAUAUCUUGAUGUAGUCAGCCUGUGUAGAUGUGCACAAGUAUCAAAGUACUGGAAUCUCCUUGCCCUCGAUGGCAGCAACUGGCAGAAAGUGGAUUUAUUUAACUUCCAAACAGAUAUAGAGGGGCCAGUUGUGGAGCACAUAUCAAAGCGAUGUGGAGGCUUUCUCAAGAACCUUAGUUUACAUGGAUGCAAGAGUGUUACUGAUGAUGCCUUGAACACAUUUGCAGAUAACUGCAGGAAUAUAGAGGUACUGAAUUUAGAAGACUGUAAACGAAUUACAGAUCAUACAGCGCAGAGUCUAAGCAGAUUUAGCAAGAAACUUAGCCAGUUGAAUAUGGUAUCCUGUACAGCAAUCACAGACAAUGCGCUAAAGUAUCUCAGUGACGGUUGCCAUGUUCUAAGUCAUCUCAAUAUUUCAUGGUGUGACCAAAUUAGUGACAAUGGUAUUGAAGCUCUGGUCAGAGGUUGUUCUAACAUUAAGGUUCUAAUCCUCAAAGGAUGUCAUAUGAUAACCGAUGAGGGUAUCACACACAUAGGCAACCAUUGUAAUAAUCUAACCACACUAAAUGUCCAAGGUUGUGUACUGAUCAGUGAUGAUGGUAUGGUUGUAUUAGCCAAGGGCUGUAGAACGUUACAAUCUCUCUGUGUAUCCGGCUGUACUCAUCUUACAGACAACACUCUCAGUGCAUUUAGUCAAUACUGUCCUAAGAUCAAAACAUUAGAAGUGUCAGGUUGUUCACAAUUCACAGACAACGGUUUCCAAGCCCUAGCAAGAACAUGUUCCGAACUAGAAAGAAUGGAUCUAGAAGAAUGUGUUCUUAUUACAGACACUGCUUUAAGUUAUCUAGCUUUAGGAUGUCCCAUGCUGCAGAAGCUGACAUUAUCCCAUUGUGAGCUGAUCACGGAUGAGGGCAUUCGUCAUAUCGGUACUAGCGGCUGUUCUACGGAACACCUCCAGGUCAUUGAGCUGGACAACUGUCCCCUCAUCACAGACUCUUCACUAGAACACUUGAUGGGUUGCCAGGGGUUACAGCGGAUAGAGCUCUAUGAUUGUCAACUCAUCACAAGGGCUGGUAUCAGGAGACUGAGGACUCAGCUGCCCAACGUGAAGGUCCAUGCCUACUUCGCCCCUGUCACACCUCCUCCAUCGGUGGGCGGUGUCAGACCCCGGUACUGUAGAUGUUGCAUUAUAUUGUAGACUCCGGUACGGUGUGUCUGUUGAACAUUUUAACCAGUGCAGUCUGUCACUGAACGCUUGACCAGUGCGUAUCCUAGUCACCGAUUGCUUGACCGUUCCUCAGACUACAUUGAAUGUAGACUACAGGACUGUCUGUUUGUUAAGCAUUUAACCAGUGCAGUCUGUCACUGAACGUUUGACCAGUGCAUAUCCUAGCCACUGAUUGCUCGACCGGUCCUCACUCACAUGGGAUGGAACAUGAACAGUGCAUGAACCAUGGAGAGAGAGAAGCAAUACUGCCCUCACAAGGUUUUGAUGGGUCAGCCAUACUGAAAUGGAAGCUGUGAAGACUCUUUAGUGAAGGAUCGGAUAUAGACCAAGAUGACAGUCCCACUGAUUGGUACUGUACAACCAAGCACAACUACAAUUGGUACAUCCUAAUUGGAUCGCAACCCAGUGACAGUGAUAGAAAGGGAGAGUCUUGCUUUUUCCAAGAGAUCUUCUAGAUGCCUUUGGCCGCUUCAUCCAUUCACCAGAAGCCUGGUUACAGAAUGGCAUCAACAGUUAAUAUCUAUUGCAGUUCUUGUUCUGUUGUACCCAUUAAUAUAGCUUGUACCGUUGAUUGUCUUAUGGGGAAUGGGUCAUCUAUUAUGCUUUAAUGUUGACAACAUUAAUGGCACUUUUGGUAUCACUUGAGAUUAUUUAUAAAUGUUUGAAGGCCAGUUAUGACAUACGACUGAAUUGAGCGUUAAACCUGUCAUACAUACAUCCACAUCUGCCCUUUCACUACACCUGUACAUAUUACACACAUUGAUCAUUGAUAAUCAUCAAAGCCCUUCGUGUGUAUUCAUUGACAUCUCAGUACUGUCUAUAAGGCAACUUCACAUACCAAAUAUGAUAUUAUAAACACUUCAAUAUAGCAUAUUGUUUGCACAACAAAUGUUACACCAUAACUUUUCUCACAUGUUCAUAAAAGGCACCAUCUUGACCCGGUAGAGAGAGUCCAAACUGAUAUAUUCACAUUGCAUUCAGGAAUUUCUUGCAGAGGGCUGUUGAAAUGUAAUGAAGUGUAAUGAUUUAGCAUUUCAUACACAUCCUAUGGAUUUAAAGAAAUAUUAUCAGUUAUGGAGAACCAGAACUUUCAGUAAUGAUCAUACUUGCAGUAAUGAUCAUACUUAUAAUGAUUAUACUUUUCAUCUAUAAAGUACUUAUAAAAGUGUGAUGUCAUUUCAUAUAAGCAGUUUUGUCAACAAACAAUGAAAACAUGGAAACAAUUCAAAACUUGGAAAACUUAAAUUAAUGGAAGGGUUAUAGAAACAAAGUCCAAAAAGGCCAGGUAACAGACUGGUACUUAACUAGGAUUAAAAAAUUGUCCUCCUGGGGCCCAUUUCAGACAGAGUUACAACUGUUGUAACUUUGCCAUUAUGACAACUACCAUGGUAACCUUGAUUUUGAUUGGCUUUGGCUCCUGAGCCCUGUUGCCAUGGUAGUUGCCAUAAGGGCAAAGUUACAACAGUUGUAACCCUUUAUGAAACGGGCCCCAGAAUCUAGACUCUGUUCCAUUUUUUAAAAACAUUUUCAAACAUAUUUAAUAACCAAUUUUUCUUUUCUUUUUUUAUAAAGAAUGACUGUGAGUGGGUAUCAAGAGAAAAAGAGUAAUAUUUUGUCAAUUAGGGCUAUGUUUCCUUUUUUCAUGCCAAAUCAUAGUUUGUAUUAACCCAGUAGUAAUUGAAUGGGACACUUCGUGGUAGAAUGAGGAUAAUAAUACGUAUGUCUUGGAAUGGACGCAAAUCAUGAAAUCGUGAAAUAGACGAUAAUCAUGUUACACUACUAGUAAUUAGGUCUGUAUUGUUGAUGGACAUUUAAUUACUGAAUUUUACAUUCAUUUCAUAUUUGAUGUAUGUUGUUUUAUCACUGCAAUAAUUCUCAGUUUGAUAAUAUUCUUGUACGUUUGGGGCACAUAGUUUAUCCUAAAGCUGUAGCCAUACACCUUACUAAUACGUGUACCGGUCGGUAUGUUGGCAUUGCACAUCAUGUAAUAUGCACUUUUUUUUAUAAAGCUCACCACAUGUGUAUGAAGAGUAUCUUGACAGCUUUGGCAUUGUAAAAAAAAAGCAGGCACUUUCAUCAAGGAUCCAGAAUAUCUUCAAGAAAAAAAUUCUGAUUGUUUGUUCUUCUGUAGUAAUCGAUAGUUGGAGGAGAUAUUCUUAUCGGUCAAAACCCUGAAUUGCAGAGAUCAAGAGUAUCUUCUUCAUGGAUUUGAAGAGAAAAAUUUAAAAUUUUGGUUUCUGGUGGGCUUAAUUUGUGGAUUUUCAUUAGGAGCGAUUGUUGCAAGAGCAAAGGUCAUGGAACUGGUAGGAUAUCUUAAAUAGCAGGUUUAUAUUCUAAUUGGGUGGGUGUAAAUGUUUUGUCAAAAUCAACUAUGUGUGCAAAUGAUGAGCAGCCUCCAUCUUUCAUAUUGUUAAUACCUUAAAUUCUGGGACUGUUUUAUUGAAAAAACGAGUAUGGUAAUCAAUAUGAAGCUGCUGAGCCGUGUUACCAUGGUAGUUACCAUAAUAAUCACAAGCCUUUUAUGAAGAGAAAAUACUGAAAGUACCGUUAUUGAAACAGAGAACAAUUUGAUGUCAGAUCUGGAAUGUUCUUCAGAUCAUCAGCCUUUUAUGAAAUGAAGUUCUUGGUCCCGUAACACAAAGGUUAGAGAUUAAUCGUAUGCUUGAUUUUUAUGAUUGAUUGUACAUUGUAGUCAAUGGAAUCAAUCAUAGAAAAAUGUUCUAUGAUCAUUGCUAAUCUUUGUGUCACGGGCCCCUUGUUUGAUAAACAAAUAUAGAGAUGUGUGAGGCAUUGCCAACGUAAUUCAAUUCUUUAAAGUGUUAAAACUAAGUUGUUAGGUCAUAAAAUAUAGAUGAAUUUUCCUAAGUCAGGUCUGUUUGGACCACAAGAGCCUGUUUGACUUUGGUGAAAUAUGACUCAGAAGAUGCAAAUAACAAAUAUUAUGUCAGUUUUUCUGCUUGGUCCUGUCCGAAAAAUUGCUUGGACUGUGGCAAUUUCACUUGUGGACGGUUGACUUUUGCAGACUUCACUGUAUUUUAGUGGAUAAUGCAAUCGUAAAUGAAAAGAUUGUGAAAACUGAUUGAUGUGAUGUGAAUGUGCCAUGGAUGAUAUUGAAGCAAAGACUUUGUCAAAACUCUGAUACAUGUAGAGAAUGCUGUUCAUAUCAGCUUAGACAAUUAAUAAUAAUAAAUAAUAUAGGAUUUAUAUAGCGCAUGUAUCCACCUUCUUAGGUGCUCAAGGUGAAUAGAUAUGAACUGCGAUUUAUAUUCUGUAGCGAUAGCAGUUGACCCCUUGAAAACAAACAGGAGGAUUUCCAACAACUGACCUUUUGUUAGCUAUCACUUCAUUUUCUUGUCCAUUUGUGUAUUUCUGCAAUCAACUACUUGUAUAUAUUAUUCCAAAGCUAAUUUAUAUUACAUGAAGGUGUAUGGAGAAAAAGGAACUUAGAUAGGUAUUUAAUAUGAAGAUGUAAUGAUAAUGGUGAUGAUGAUGAUGAUAAUGAUGAUAGUGAUGAUGAUGAUGCUGAUGUUGGUGGUGAUGAUGAUGUGAUGAUGAUGCUGAUGAUGGUGGUGGUGAUGAUUUAGAUACUUUUUAAAGAUUAAGUACAUGUAUGUACUAGUACUACAUCUGUUAUCAUGUUUUUCAACAAAAAGCUGUAAUUACAUUGUGAAAGGCGUAUAACAUUUCUUUUAUUACUAAGUCACGGAUAGCUAUAUCCUAAAAUUGAGACAGAAUCAGAAAGAUUGUUGGAUGUGACUGGCCGCUUUGUUGGGUGGUGAUUCAUUGUAUGGUGUCUAGAAUUUUGAAAGAAGUCUUUGGGCAAAAACUAGCUGUAGUUUUAUAUUGAUGUGAGCACAGAUGUAAAAUACUCACCUUUCAGUGAACUCUUAUGCAUUUUAUUUUAGUUUAAACACUUAUCUUGAUGGUGUAGAUUCCCCUUGUCCAUCAUAACCUUGCUUGAUAGUUUUUAUCAAAAUAUUCCAUGGAUCCUUUGCAGAUCUGCACAUGGUUGGAAUACUCCACAGGAAGCGGAGAGUGUGUAUUCUCACUGUACAUCACAACAUUUGUUGGUACUUUUUAUCAAGAGUUUCCAUAGAUCUACAGAUCUGUGCAUGGUUGGUAUACUCCACAUGAAGUGCGGAGUGUCCACUGUUAUGUGGUAAUUGAAUCCAAUUACUUGGAUAAAUGGGAUUGAAAAGGAAGGUUUAAGCCUAUCUUUAGUUUUGAUAAAUCCAUCCAAGAGUUUGUAUCACUAUUCCACUUCAUUUCUUGAUUAUAUAAAGCAUGUGCCCCAAAAUAUUUUGUAUUUACUGAUUUAGAUCAGAUUUCAAUUCCAUCGGUACUCAAUGAAAAUAGGAUAUCUGCUUUUUUUUGUGUGUUUAUAUAAAACACCUUCUCAAGCAUGGAAUGGACUGAAGAUUUUAUGAUGUAAGCGUUGUCAGUAGCUUUCUAUUAUCAAAUUACCAAAUAUGUCAAAUAUGUGCUCAAAUUACCAUUUUGAAUAAAAAUAAAAACAUUUACGAGAUGAGAGAGGGUGCUAGAUUAAAACUGAUAUCCUAACCGGAAAGACUGCCAGAGUUAGGUUCUAAUUAAUAGGUAUAGAGUACAUUUAGUGACUAGUCUGACUACCAUGCUUUUGUAAUAUUGUAAUGUUCAAUGACACUCUAUUAUAGUUCACAUUACUGACCCUUUAACCAAAGCUAAGGACAGGCUUUAAUGUGCUAAUGGUAUUUGAGAACAAUGGACCGUGUAUAUUACCUGGUGGGUGUUUCAUAAAGCUGUUCGUAAGAUACAAAUGACUUUACGCACGACUGGUGAUUCUUUCUUGUGCUAAAUGGCAUAUUCAUUGGCGAUGGUUAAGCACGUAAGAAAGGUUCACCAGUCGUGCGUAAAGUUGCUCUUAACUUACGAGCAGCUUGAUGAAAUGGCCCCCUGGUACCAAGUGUCAGCCUUGACAAUGUAAUUAACACCUCAUAUGAAGUAAUAUACAUAAUGUGGAAGUGAUUUCUUAAAAUGAAUGGAUUUCAGGAUGUAUAAUGACCAUAUUUUCCGGUUGCUGUAUGAGGUGGUAUGAAAAAAAAAAAAACACCAAGCUAGAAGUUAUUGUUUGUAGGUUUCUCUUCAUAGACUGCAGGCAUGAUCAUUGACAAGCACAUAUAUAUAUCAUAUGUACCAUGCAUACCAUGUCUUGGUGCCUUAUAUACACUAUCAAAUUUGCAUUUGCUUCUUCAUAAUUAUGUUGGAUGAAACAUGGUCAAAUCAACUGUAGCAUGGAA